AACUGCCAAAAAACGAGUUUCCACGAUGAAACACCACGCACUAGUACUGCUGCUAAAACCGGACAGGGUUCCGAACAAGUGUCUCCCGCGGGCAGUGGUACUAAUAAAGCGGGAAAACCUAAAUCGAUUUUGGAAGAACAUGGCAUAUUGAUGGGUAAAGUUAUUGGGUCCGGUAAUUAUGCCAAGGUCAAGAUAGGUUAUUCCGAAGAGUAUGGCAAGAGAGUCGCUAUUAAAAUUAUAUCGAAGGUUAAGGCUCCGGCAGAGUAUACACAAAAAUUUUUACCCCGAGAAAUAGAGGCCGUAAAGGGUUUGCAUCAUGAUAAUCUGAUAACAUUUUAUCAGAGUAUCGAAACGAGUCAUAGAGUCUACUUAAUCAUGCAAUUGGCUGAGAAUGGCACUCUUUUGGAUUAUGUGCGCGAUAAAUAUUUAGAUGAAACUCAGUCACGUAAAUUAUUUCAACAAUUAAUAAGUGCUGUGGAAUAUAUACAUUCUAAAGGAGUGGUGCACAGAGAUAUAAAAUGUGAAAAUCUUUUAUUGGAUGAAAAUUACAACCUAAAACUAAUCGAUUUCGGGUUUGCACGGAAAGACACGCGUACCAGUGAUCAACAAGUGAUAUUAUCGAAGACAUUUUGUGGCAGUUAUGCCUAUGCUAGUCCAGAGAUUCUAAAAGGUGUUGCUUACGAUCCAUUUCAUUCUGAUAUCUGGGCCUGUGGUGUGGUCUGCUAUGCCAUGAUAUUUGGUCGUCUACCCUACGAUGGUUCUAAUGUACAUGUUUUAUUAAAACGUAUUAACUCUUCAUUGGUUUUCCCCAAAAUACCGACAGCCAGUAGCGAGUGUAAACAUUUGAUUUUACAUAUUCUGGCUCCCUUGAAGAUGCGUUAUAAUAUUGCACAAAUUAAAGAAGAUCCCUGGAUGAACAUGUCAUGAGAAGUCGGAAGGAAUGGUACUAAAGAGGUGUACAGGAGAGAUGAAGGUUUUUUGGAAUAAGGCAAAAGUAAAUAUGAAAUAAAACAAAUGUUUCGGCUAAGAUUUUCAUUUAAAUAUUUUAAUAAAAUUUAUUUCUUUUAAUAAUAAAA